UUAUUUCAUCAAAUGACAUUGCAAUGCCACUUAUACACAGCUGGUUUUCUUCCAAAAGUGGGCCAAUGUUUCUUAACAAAUCCCGUAAUGGAACGUGCAAACUUGAAAUCAUCUUUAUUUCUCUUUUAUAAUACAGCCACAAAUGUAAAUACAAGAUUUGUAUACAAAUUCGUCUGCAAACGUCAAAUCGCGCCGACGUGUAUUAAAAAUCAAGUGUGGUGGGAGAAUACGAGUGAAAAUGUUAUCUUGUUCAUAACUAAAGGCAGUCGCCAGUGUCCGCUUUCUAUCCGCGCUGGCCAGACAACUACAACAAUGUCGUACGAAACAUUACUCGCAAAACUAAACAGCCAUGGUCAAGGACAUCUAUUGAACUAUUGGCACGAACUAUCCGAAAAAGAGCGGGACCAGUUGAUUAGUGAUGUACAAAAAAUAGAUUUCGCCGAAGUCAAUGAAUUGUUCCGACGAGCGCACGACACUAGUAAAGUUAUUUUAGAAAAAGUUGAAGAUUUGAAGCCUAUACCGGAUUCGCAUUACGAAGCUGUGCCUAAUUUGAGUAAUGAGAAAAUUGAGGAAUACGAAAAUAUUGGUCUGAAGGAAAUUAGUGAUAGCAAAGUUGGUGUGUUGCUUCUGGCUGGUGGACAAGCUACCAGACUUGGCUUUGGUCAUCCUAAAGGUAUGUACGAUGUGGGACUACCAUCUAGGAAGACUCUAUUCCAAAUUCAAGCAGAACGGAUUGUCAGGGUACAACAAAUGGCUGCUGAGAAGUACGGCAAAGCUGGCAGAAUAACAUGGUACAUCAUGACUUCUGAACACACGAAGGGACCAACCGCAGACUUCUUCAGAAGCCAUUCUUACUUCGGAUUGAAUGAAGAAGAUAUUGUGUACUUUGAGCAGGGUACGUUACCAUGUUUUGAUUUUGAAGGAAAAAUAUUUUUGGAUGAGAAACACCAUAUUUCUUCAGCUCCUGACGGUAACGGAGGACUUUACAGAGCACUUAAAGCUAAAGGGAUCUUAGCAGAUAUUGCUAAACGAGGAGUGGAACAUCUCCAUGCUCAUUCCGUAGAUAACAUUUUAAUUAAAGUUGCGGACCCAGUGUUUAUCGGUUACUGUAAGAGCAAGAAUGCAGAUUGUGCGGCUAAAGUUGUUCAAAAAUCCUCGCCCAGUGAAGCUGUAGGUGUUGUGUGUAGUGUCAACGGUCACUACAAGGUUGUUGAGUACUCUGAACUGACCGAUGAACAAGCUGAACGCCGUACCCCAGACGGAAGACUGACUUUCUCUGCAGGCAACAUCUGCAACCACUACUUCUCAGCUGACUUCUUAGACAAAAUCUGCAACUACGAAUCAAAAUUGAAAUUACACAUUGCUAACAAGAAGAUUCCUUACGUAGACCAUGAAGGUGUCCGUCAAAAGCCAACCGAACCCAACGGUAUUAAAAUGGAGAAGUUCAUCUUUGAUGUGUUUGAAUUUGCUGAAAAUUUCAUCUGUCUCGAAGUAGCUAGGGACGUUGAGUUUUCUGCGUUGAAAAACAAUGAUGCUGCUAAAAAAGACUGCCCUUCAACCGCUAAGCAAGACUUACUGAAACUCCACAGAAAAUACAUUAGGCAAUCUGGUGGAAUUGUAGAAGACAAUGUUGAUGUGGAGAUCUCUCCAUUACUCUCCUAUGGUGGAGAGAACUUACAAGACUUGGUCAAUGGUGAAGUUUUUUCUAUAAGCCCGUACCAUCUCAAAAGUCCUCAGGAGUCUGCGACAAACGGUGUGAACGGUAAACAUUAAAGUGUAGAGACUUUUUGGUUGCUAAAGUUUAAAUUUUUAAUUUUCUUAUGGAUUUUAAAUCUAUUCUUUUGAAAUUGUUAUCCUGCCACUGACUUACUUGACAAAGCCUAAGACCACAACUGCGUGACGAACAUUUAUGAUUUACUGAGGACCUGUCAACCCUUAAAGUAAGGGUGUGAAAGAGAGUUGGCGCUCUACGCCUUGUCACGCUGUCACGCUCCCACAAGCAUCAUAAAUAAUAAUGCUGUGAUAAGUGGUGGUAAGCGACUAAACAAUUAUUAACUGUCUCUUAUACACGCUAAUGGCGGAAAAGUUAAAUCAGUUUUUAAUUACGACUGUAAAAACUAUAUUUAUCAAAAGCAUAAAAUUAUUUACUUCUGUUUUGAACUUUUUUUGUAAAUUUUUAACUUCAAAGUGAUGUGAAAUUUAAGUCAUUAUUAAUUAAGAGUUCAUAGAAUUAUUUUAAUUAUGUUCCAAUUAUAAUUAAUAGCAAUAAUUAUUUUCUAAUUAGAUUAUGAUACUCAUCUAGUAAUAAUUUUAGUUAAAAUUGAGCCUAAAUUAGCAUUAAUAUAGCUAUUGUUCAAUCGGUAUAGCAAUAUAGUAAAAUACGACCGUACCUAAUGAAAUAGAAAGCAAUAGUCGCUAGAAAAUCACAAUAAUGUAUGCAGCAAAUAAAAUUUGCGGAAAGCGCGGGAAUUUUUAACUAUAAUAAUAUAUACUGCCACUGCCCUUGGCUACAUCGGGUGUUAUUUUUCGAGUUCAUAUUAGCCUUAGACUCUCACAAAUAACCUUGUAUUGGUAAAAAGAUUUCCAAAAUCGGUUCUAUAGAUCCCGAGAUUUUACCCUGAAACGGCGCAAACUCACAAACUAUAACAGGAAUGUUACGAGUCGAAAAUUAAUUUUCGUUUCGAAUUGUCAAUUUUUUCUGGAAGGCGGGAAAACCGCGGGCUCGGAUGUGUCUCACCUUUCAAAUCAAACCAAGGUAUUUUACAUACAGCCACUAGUGAUCUCGAUCGAUUUCAUAUUUGAUUCUAAUAAAAACUUUUCUUAUAAUCUACAGCUUAGUCUUCAAGCUACAUUAAAUCUCCAGUCUUUUAAUUACCUGAAUAUCGUAAUAAAAAUGGCGCCAGUCAUACAUUAUAGUUUGUAAUUAGGCGCCACAAAUUCACUUUUACUCUCAAGGCCGUUGCUUAAAGCAAAUCUUGUUUAAAAAGAAACCAGUUUGUCUCUGACCCGCUUUUAAACAACCACGAUGUUAUUUACGCAACAUUUUGAUUAUAAUCGAUAAAUUAAUACUGAUGUAAUUUUAUUCUGAGAAAUUUAUUAAUCGUUUGAUUUUGAUGUCCGAUAGUGUUAUAAACGCUUUGUCUGAAACGGAAACAUGCAAUUUGUUAUCUACAUUAUUAUUUGAAUCGUUGUAUUGAUUAAGAAUUGAAACAAUAUGAAUAAUAUUAUUUUUUAAUUGAAAAAAUAAUGUCCUUUCAAAAGCAGUAUACUUAAGUUCCUGUGCAGAUUUUUUUUUUGGCGGGAAAUGUAAAAUGUAACCGCCAUUUUAGGUAUUUGGAAUUAUAAGCAAUAUUAAUCUAUUUUAUUGUAACAACAAUCGGUUUUAGUUUUAAAGCUUUACACAAUAAACCUUGCUGGUCGCUCCAAACCUAGAAUACACUGCAAAAUGUACCACAACAGAUUUAUAAAGAGUGAUCGAACUCGUGGAUGUUUGACAAAACCUAUCAAAUCAGUUUUAACGUUCAAACAAGUUUGUAUUAAACCCAAAAACGUUUGUGUCAGACAUUUUCAAUCGUCACUCACUUUAUCCUUCUUUUUAAUGCGUUCUUUUUGCGCCAGUUAAUAUUUCCGAUCCCAAUUUUAAAACAAGUAAAAAAAGACAUUUAUUUAACUAUCCAAUAGUUAUAUUAUUAAUGAAUUUCUUUGUUUUUUAACUGCCAUUUUGCUAAUUACUUUUUAACUAGCUUAAAGUAUUUUUACUGCCGAAAUAAUUGGAAUUUGUUGUGUAAAUAUUUUCUUUAUUACAUAAUUACGAAGUUGCGUAUUACAUAUACUAUACAUCACAUUUAAUUUUGCGUUCUAAACGUUUUUUGUUAAGUCAUUUUUAAUAGUUUUUUUAGUAAAAAAGAUAGAUAUAGGUACCCUUUCGUAUCGCACGGAUAGAAGUUUUUUUUAUGACUGUUUUAUAUCAAAAUUAUUUAUUGAAAAAUAGUGGAAAA